GCAGACGAGGAAGCCUUAGCGUUGAACGGUUGUGUUGUUAAAGUGCCAAGUAUGGAACCCUGCGCAGACGGGGAAGCCUUAGCAUUGAACGGUUGUGUUGUUAAAAUGCGAAAUAUGGAACCCUGCGCAGACGAGGAAGCCUUAGCGUUGAACGGUUGUGUUGUUAAAGUGCCAAGUAUGGAACCCUGCGCAGACGGAGAAGCCUUAGCAUUGAAAGGUUGUGUUGUUAAAGUGCGAAGUAGGGAACCCUGCGCAGACGGGGAAACCUUAGCAUUGAACGGUUGUGUUGUUAAAGGGCGAAGUAUGGAACCCUGCGCAGACGGUCGGUCAAUGCGACUUAAGCAACGUGCAGUCAUUGCAUUCUUGAUGGCAGAAGGUGUCACCCCAAAGGAGAUUCACCAGAGAAUGCAACUGUUUAUGGUGGUUGUGUUGAUGUGAGUCCUGUGCUUCGUUGGGCGAUGUUGAGGUGGGAACAUCUGAUUUGCGUGACCAACAAAGAGUUGGACGUCCUGUGACAGCAACCACCGAGUUUCACAACGAAAAGGUUGACAGAUUGAUUCACGACAAUCGUCGUAUCACUCAGAGAGAAAUUUCCAGCAUAAUCAGCAUUUCACAAGAACGUGUAGGUCACAUUAUUGCUUUGCUUGGCUGUCGGAAGUUGGGGCCUGCGAGACGUUGGUUGUGGAAACCGAGUGUCGACUUCUUCCGUGACAGCUUCAGAAAACUUGCUCAUUGUUGGCAGAAAUGUAUCCAAUUGUCUGGUGAUGAUGUGGAAAAGUGAAUAGUGGUAGUUAAGAGGAUUAUUUCUGCAUUUGAUUUAUUAAAAUAUUCCCAUCCAAACCCAAGUAACGAAGGUGGAGGCAUUACUUUUCAUUCAAAACUCGUAAUAUAUUUUUCCUUCAAAGAGGGCUUUGUGGCUGAAAAAGUUUGGCUUUCUCGGUGAUCCUUGUUGCUGUCCAUGGGGCCCAAAAGAUGCUGAGUCUAGUCCCUUCUCUGGCCGGUCCCGGGUGCUGAGUCGGCUUGCGACCAGAAUGGGGAAGCCGCCACCGUUUCCUAUCUGAAAACCACUUCCUUCGCUGCCGAGCAAAAGCCGCUUUCCGUAGGAUGCUCCCCAGUCGGGCGCGGAAACCCGAACAUCUCUGGACCUGAAAGAGAACCACAAAGAUUGCUCGGCCUCGGAGAUGUGGGUCGCCUUCUGCUGAUGUUUUCGAACCCAAGCGGCACAACGGAUGAACGCUCGAAGAAGUUCGUCUUCGCUGAGACAGAACUCGUCGUCGGAGAUUCGGGAAGCCAGGGGACGGAGAAAUGCACGAAAGCAGCUCAUGAGCAACUAAAUUGACAAAAACCCCAGACAUUAUAUAGAAAGCGGAGGAGAAACGCAAGGUUAUGGGGACCACUGAGGAUUAUCCCAUUGAUUACUACUAUGACAGUAAUUUCACCACCAGAGAAACCAUUCAGGAAAACUCCACCCCGACAGUGCAGCUGGUUGUCCAGUUCCUCGCUGUCAUCAUCUACAGCGUCACCUGCCUCCUGGGCUUGUUGGGCAACGGCUUGGUCAUCGCCAUGAUCACCUUUGAGAUGAAGAAGUCGGUCAGCAUCAUUUGGUUCCUCAACUUGGCCGCCGCCGACUUCCUCUUCAACGUCUUCCUGCCCUUGAACAUCGCCUACACCGCCCUGGGCUACCACUGGCUCUUUGGCCGAGGCAUGUGCAAGGUCAACUCCAUGCUCCUCAACCUCAACAUGUACACCAGCGUCUUCUUGCUGACCACGAUCAGCUUCGACCGCUGCAUGUUGGUAGUCUUCCCCGUCUGGUCGCAAAACCACCGCAAUGCCAAGACCGCCUGGUUGGCUUGCCUCGCCGUCUGGGCCCUCGGCUUCGUCAUGAGCUCCCCAUCCCUGGUUUUCCGCGACACCGGACUCGUGCGCGAUCACCUCAUUUGCUUCAACAACUUCUCCAUGUCGUCGUCGCCGUUGGACCACCCCCUGGGCGAGCAGAUCCACACGGCGGUCACCCUCACUCGCUUCGUGGUGAGCUUCGUCCUGCCGCUGAUCGUCAUCACCGCGUGCUACGCCGUCAUCAUCGUCCGGCUGAAACGGAACCGCCUGGCCAAGUCCAAGAAGCCCAUGAAGAUCAUCGUCGCCAUCAUCCUGACCUUCUUCCUGUGCUGGUGUCCCUACCAUGCACUUCACCUCCUGGAAACCCAGCACCGCUACAUCCCAGCGUCUGUCCUGAAGCUUGGGCUUCCUAUCGUCACGGCUGUGGCGGCUUCCAACAGUUGCAUGAACCCAGUCCUGUAUGUCUUCUUGGGCCAGGAUUUCCAAAAAUUCAAGGUGACCGUCUUGUCCCGGCUGGCCAGUGCACUGAGCGAGGAUACGGUUCACUCCAUGAUCCCCCGGCGGAGCUUCACCAAGCCUUCCUCCAUGACGGAAAAGGAAACCAUUUUAUCUUGAGCAAACAAUCCCUUGCUUGUUUUCAGGAGCAUCUGACAACCCGUGAGGACUAGGAACUUAACUUGCCUUGGAAUCUGGUGGAGUCUCCUUCUCUUGAGGUUUUUAAGCAAAGGUGGAAUGGCCAGCUGUUGGGAAGGCUUUGAUUGUGUCUUGCAAAAAGGUGGCCUCGGAGUUCUUUCCAUGAGUCUAUGAAAGCGAUGUUUUCAUGUUUCUAGACCAAUUGUUUGAGCUGAACAUAUUCCACAUAGGCAGACAGGACAAAUCUAGUUUCGGGUUUCCUAACAUAUAUAUUUUAUCGGUCAUUUUUGAAAAAAUUGACCCAAAAUUGACUCAUCGUUUCAUAUAGCCUCUCAAGCCACGUUCUUGCUCUUCUUGUUGUCUUUUUGGGAAUGAGAUUCCAUAGGGUUGUUGUAUGUUUUCCGGGCUGUAUGGCCAUGUUCCAGAAGUAUUCUGUCCUGACGUUUUGCCCACGAUUCGCGAUUCCAUAGUCGGUGAAUAAACCGUUUCUAUAAAAGG